AGCAUGCGCAGAGUGUGCGCCUAGUAGGCCAAGCCUGAGGCGGCGGGUGGCGCCGAACAGCGGACGGAGAUCAUCGAGGGUCACGACGGCUAGUGAGACCCAAAGUGUUUCAAGAUGACGCAGUUCCUGCCCCCAAAUUUGUUAGCACUAUUUGCGCCCCGUGAUCCUAUACCUUAUUUGCCUCCUCUGGAAAAAUUGCCCCAUGAAAAACAUCAUAAUCAGCCAUACAGUGGUAUUGCUCCCUACAUCCGUGAGUUUGAGGAUCCACGUGAUGCUCCCCCACCUACUCGUGCAGAGACACGGGAGGAACGGAUGGAACGGAAGAGGCGAGAGAAGAUUGAACGCCGACAGCAGGAAGUUGAAAGUGAAUUGAAGAUGUGGGAUCCACAUAACGAUCCCAAUGCUCAAGGAGAUGCCUUCAAAACACUUUUUGUGGCCAGAGUUAAUUAUGAUACAACAGAGUCCAAAUUGAGGCGAGAGUUUGAAGUCUAUGGACCCAUCAAAAGAAUCUACAUGGUAUACAAUAAGCAUUCCGGCAAGCCACGUGGCUACGCCUUCAUUGAAUAUGAACAUGAACGUGACAUGCACUCGGCAUACAAGCACGCCGAUGGAAAAAAAAUUGAUGGCAGGCGAGUACUGGUGGAUGUAGAGAGAGGACGGACGGUGAAGGGAUGGCGCCCACGUAGACUUGGUGGCGGUCUCGGUGGUACUCGACGGGGAGGUGCUGAUGUAAAUAUAAGACAUUCAGGUCGAGAUGACACUUCUCGGUAUGAUGAACGGGAUAGGGACCGUGAACGUGAACGUGAUCGCCGAGACCGCAGCCGAGACCGGGACAAGGAGCGGGAACGCCGUCGCAGCCGAUCCCGAGAACGCAGGAGGCGAACACGGAGCCGAGAGAAAGAGGAGCGGAAACGUAGCCGGGAAAGAAGCAAGGAUAAAGACCGGGAACGCAAGCGCCGGAGUCGUUCUAGAGACCGCAAGCGAGAUCGGGACCGAGAUAGAGAAAAGAAGGAGGAGUUGCCAGAAGUGGGAGAGGCCCAGCCUGAUGAGGCUACUCUUGGCGAGAUAGGUGUAGAUGGGGUAGAGGCGAAGCCUGAAGGGGAAGAGAAAGGGAGGGAGAGGGAGAGGGAUCGGGAGAGAGAGAGGGACCGUCGGCGUGGUCAUCGUGACAAAGACAGAGACAGGGAGCGUGAUAGAGAGCGUCGGCGUGAUAGGGAUCGAGAUAGAGAUCGUGAUCGUGAGCACAAGCGUGAGAGGGCUGAGCGGGGUGGAGAAAAACGGGAGGAGAGAGGGCAGGACAAUGGGAUGGGAGGAGCAUUGGAGGAAACCAGUCAGGAUAUGUUCCUGGACCAAGAAUCCAUACAGUCAGCUGAUGGCUACUUAUCUACUGAAAAUGGAUACAUAAUGGAGCCCCCACUGGAGUGAUGGAGACUCUUCCUUGUCCAGCCGGGUGAGGCUCUGCUUCCCAGGCUGCUAGCCAACGAGGCCCUGUCAGCCAGUUGAGGUAACUGGUUUUUAACUGGUUUUAUUUAGAAGGGUAAGUGUUUCAGGUCUGUUUGUCCCAUCCCAUUUCUUCUUAACAUGUAACUUUCCACCAAUCCCUUAUGUAUUUGGAUAUUUUUGUUUAAACAAGAAUAAAGUGUUAAAAUGUUUUUUUCUUCAUGUGAAAUGUAUAUGAGAUUGGGAUGAUAGCAGAAGUGCUUUGCUGAUUCUCGAUUACUAGUUAUGAGAGACCUGCUAGAGGUAUUUAGUUUCAUGCCAGACUGCUGCUGAAAAUAUAUUGAUAAUCAGUGAUUCAGGGUUUUGCUUGUGCUUUGGGAGAGAGGGCAGAGAGAGGCUGGAGCAGGAAGCAGCAAGUAGAAAGCAUCAAAAGGUAAUGAAAAAAAUCAGUUGUGGGAGCAAAAAGACCAGUUCUUUGCUCUCUUAUCAAUGGCGAAUGACUUUGUAGAUUGAGGAAGAAUGUGAACAAACUUCAACAAGAUGCACUGAGAUCAGCCUGAUUUAUCUGCAUUUGACUGAUGUGGGAAAUGAUAUAAAAGGAAUAUUUAGUUAGAAUUACAUUUAUACAUGGACAGAAUUGAUAAUAAUUUCAAGAUGAGCAAUAAAGAGAAAGGUUGCAUCUCA